UAUUCACUGAAUAUGGGACUUAAUAUUGACAAUUAAAUAUUUAAGUUUUAUACAACGUACUUUUAAAUAUUUUGUGUGUAAAAUAAUACAUAAAAUAAAAACCUAUUAUAAAUGGCAAACUCUUACGACAUACCGAGCUGGGCUGGAAAACCACCAACGGGUCUACAUUUGGAUGUAUUAAAAGAAGAUAAGUUGGUGCAAAAACUUAUGGUUGAUGAAAAGAAGUGUUAUUUGUUUGGUCGCAAUAAUCAGAUGAAUGAUUUUUGUAUUGAUCAUGCAUCGUGUUCCAGAGUUCACGCUGCGUUUGUCUACCACAAGCAUUUGCAUAAGGCGUUUUUAGUAGAUUUGGGUUCAACUCAUGGAACUUUUAUUGGUACUUUACGUCUUGAACCACACAAGCCUACUCAAUUGCAAAUAAAUAGUACUUUUCAUUUUGGCGCUUCUACACGAAAUUAUAUACUACGUGAACGUCCAUCGGUUGGAACUAUGAAUAUAAUAGAGGAUUUACCAACAACAGAAACAAUGCUUGGUCUACCUGAAAGUCAAACGGAAUUAGAUAAUUUAACAGAAUAUAAUACAGCACAUAACAGGAGGAUAUCAAUGCUAGGGAUAGCAGAAGAUAGUUCUAGAAAGAAUCCUUUAAAACAAAGUAAUCGUAAAAAGCGUUGUGUUACAUUCAACGAUGAAGAAAUUAUAAUAAAUCCAGAAGACGUCGAUCCAAAUGUUGGACGAUUUAGAAACUUAAUACAAACAACAGUCUUACCACCUAAACGUGCUAGAUUUGAAGUGCAAAGUAGUGCUGUUUCAACAAGUGUACCUUCAAUUAGUCAUCAAAUGUUUCAGCAUAGAUUAAAUGAAAUGAAGCAACCAACUAUCUCCAAUAUGAACAGUUCUCUUUAUCAAGGAUUACCAUCUGCGCAUGACUCACCCAACAUGGUUCUUAAACAUAGUAGCACUGAUUUUGAUGUUACCCCAAUUGCAAUGGGUACAAAAUUAGGUUUAUUGCUACCUAAUCCAGCGCCUGAGGUAACAUUAAUUAAUGAACCUACACCGGUUGCUACACCAACUAAACCUGUGACAAAUACACAUCGUUUCGAUAAUCAUUCGAUUGUAAUGGAUGCAACGUCUAAUGGUCCACAGAAAAAGAAAUACGCAAAGGAAGCCUGGCCAGGUCGCAAGCCAAUGUUAGGCCAACUUUAAUAUUUACUUUGCAUACUAAUUUUUAGUGAAAUAAUCAGCAUUAAAAAAUGUGUGUUUACGUCAAUAAAAAAAUGUAAGUCUUAGGUUUAAAAAUACACUUGCAAUUAAUUGUUACAUAUAACAUUAUUUAAAAUUUAAUAAAAAAGAACUGACUCA